AAAGGUUAGCUCUUAAUUAGAUUGUCCAAGCAAGUCCAAAAAACAGUGAAAGAAAAUUGUCUUACUUAUGAUAAGUCUUCGGCUGAAGGCCCAGAAAGGUUAAAGUUUCCGUCUUUACUCUUAAUUUGAUCUCCAUUGAUGGGGCUGUGUCAUGGGAAACCUAUCGAACAACAAUCGAAGAAUCUCCAAAUCUCCAAUGAAAUCGAAGAGACACCUAAGAAUUCAUCUCAGAAGGCGAAAUCUUCAGGCUUUCCGUUUUAUAGUCCAAGUCCAUUACCUAGUCUCUUCAAAACCUCACCAGCUGUGUCAUCCUCGAGCGUGAGCUCCACGCCACUUCGUAUCUUCAAGCGACCUUUCCCACCUCCAUCACCAGCUAAGCACAUACGAGCUCUCCUCGCGCGUCGUCACGGUUCUGUUAAGCCCAAUGAAGCUUCGAUCCCUGAAGGUAGUGAGUGUGAGGUUGGUCUUGACAAGAAAUUUGGGUUCUCUAAGCAGUUUGCUUCACACUACGAGAUUGAUGGUGAGGUGGGUCGAGGGCAUUUUGGGUAUACUUGCUCUGCUAAGGGGAAAAAAGGUAGCUUGAAAGGUCAAGAUGUAGCUGUCAAAGUUAUUCCCAAAUCCAAGAUGACUACGGCAAUUGCAAUUGAGGAUGUUAGAAGAGAAGUGAAAAUAUUGCGGGCUUUGACUGGUCACAAGAACCUAGUCCAGUUCUAUGACGCCUUCGAAGAUGAUGAAAAUGUUUACAUUGUGAUGGAGUUAUGCCAAGGCGGUGAACUCUUGGACAAAAUACUUCAAAGGGGAGGCAAAUACUCAGAAGAAGAUGCUAAAAAAGUAAUGGUUCAGAUUCUUAGUGUAGUAGCCUAUUGUCAUCUUCAAGGCGUGGUUCACCGUGACCUCAAACCCGAGAAUUUUCUCUUCACUACAAAGGAUGAGUCUUCUCCUUUGAAAGCCAUUGAUUUUGGUCUCUCCGACUAUGUCAGGCCAGAUGAGAGGUUGAAUGAUAUUGUAGGAAGUGCUUAUUACGUGGCCCCUGAAGUUUUACACCGUACAUAUGGAACUGAGGCAGAUAUGUGGAGUAUUGGAGUGAUUGCUUAUAUACUUCUCUGUGGUAGCCGGCCAUUUUGGGCCCGUUCUGAAUCUGGAAUCUUCCGAGCUGUUCUUAAAGCAGAACCCAAUUUCGAAGAAGCUCCUUGGCCAUCUCUUUCACCUGACGCUGUAGAUUUUGUGAAACGUUUGUUAAAUAAAGAUUACCGUAAGAGACUAACUGCUGCACAGGCUUUGUGUCAUCCGUGGCUUGUUGGCUCACAUGAAUUAAAGAUACCAUCUGAUAUGAUCAUUUACAAGCUCGUAAAAGUAUACAUAAUGUCGUCGUCUUUGAGAAAAUCGGCUUUAGCGGCUCUUGCCAAAACUUUAACUGUACCGCAGCUGACGUAUUUGCAAGAACAGUUUAAUCUGUUAGGACCGAGCAAAAACGGAUAUAUCUCGAUGCAGAAUUACAAAACAGCAAUCCUGAAGAGCUCCACAGAGGCUACAAAGGAUUCACGAGUCUUGGAUUUUGUACACAUGAUUAGUUGUCUUCAGUACAAGAAACUAGACUUUGAAGAGUUUUGCGCUUCAGCUUUAAGUGUUUAUCAGCUAGAAGCAAUGGAAACUUGGGAGCAACACGCACGCCGUGCAUAUGAGUUGUUUGAGAAGGAUGGGAACAGAGUCAUCAUGAUCGAAGAACUUGCAACGGAACUCGGACUCGGUCCAUCGGUGCCUGUUCAGGUUGUUCUUCAAGAUUGGAUAAGACAUUCUGAUGGGAAGCUAAGUUUCUUGGGUUUUGUCAGACUCUUGCACGUUGUGUUCGCAUUCCUCCUCCUCUUCUCUUCGGUGAUCUCCACCGGAAAAUUGGGAUUGCCGUAUCAACAAACCCUAAUCGAUUAUUUCGUGUGGUCUCCUCGUGGUAAGAGACAUCAUUCAUUGUCGGAGAAGUACUUGUAUUGGGGAAACAGAAUCGAUUGUCCUGGCAAAAACUGCGAGACCUGUGCUGGCUUGGGUCACCAAGAAUCUAGCCUCAGGUGUGCACUUGAAGAAGCCAUGUUUCUUAACAGGACCUUUGUAAUGCCUUCUGGAAUGUGCAUCAAUCCAAUACAUAAUAAGAAAGGUAUACUCAAUCGAUCUGAUAACAAAACUACAGAGGAAGGUUGGGUCGGGAGCUCUUGUGCAAUGGACUCCUUGUAUGACAUUGACCUCAUAUCUGAGAAGAUACCGGUGAUAUUAGAUGACUCCAAAACAUGGCAUGUUGUUCUAUCCACAAGUAUGAAGUUGGGAGAAAGAGGGAUUGCACAUGUUAGUGGAGUCAGUCGGCAUAGGCUAACAGAGAGUCACUACUCAAAUCUCUUGAUCAUUAACCGAACCGCAAGUCCUCUUGCAUGGUUCGUUGAGUGCAAAGAUAGAAGCAAUCGUAGCGCUGUCAUGCUUCCUUAUUCAUUUCUCCCUAAUAUGGCAGCUGCAAAAUUGAGAAACGCCGCAGAAAAGAUAAAAGCACAACUUGGUGAUUAUGAUGCCAUCCACGUUCGUCGCGGGGACAAACUGAAAACCAGAAAAGACAGAUUUGGAGUUGAAAGGAUUCAAUUUCCUCAUCUAGACAGAGAUACGCGCCCUGAGUUUAUCCUUCGCAGGAUAGAGAAGCGGAUCCCACGAGGAAGGACUCUUUUUAUUGGCUCUAAUGAGAGGAAGCCUGGAUUUUUCUCUCCUCUCGCCGUCAGGUACAAACUGGCUUACUCAUCGAAUUUUAGUGAGAUUCUGGAUCCUAUAAUCGGAAAUAAUUACCAGUUAUUCAUGAUGGAGAGACUGGUAAUGAUGGGAGCCAAAACUUACUUCAAAACAUUCAAAGAGUACGAAACAGAUCUCACCUUAACUGAUGAUCCUAAGAAGAACAAGAACUGGGAAAUACCAGUGUACACCAUGGAUGAAAGAAAAAAAGAAGCAAGCUAAAGUUUGUGCCUUUACAAGGUCUCAUUGCAAAUCUACUCAAACUGGUUCCAAACUUAGUCUUGUACCUUCCCACGUUCUUCUAGUCAAAUGCUAAAUCAGUGUAUGUAAACAAGAGCAGAGUUAUAGAGGUUUUUCAUUGGCCUCCAAACUGUUCUUUUGUAAAUGGGUUUUGUAAGAACAGAUGUAGUAAGAUCUGUGUUUUU